AUGACUGCUACUAAAGGCUUGCUCGGAUACCACCCAAAAUGUAAGAAGAUUGGCCUCACUCACCUUUCAUUUGCAGAUGACAUACUUAUCUUCUGCAAAGGAAAUAUUGAAUAUGUUUCUGGAGUCAUCAACGUCCUUGAUCAAUUCUACGAAAUGUUUGGUCUUAAACUUAAUGCUGCCAAAUGUGAACUUUAUACUGCUGGAAUCACUUACAGAGAUCUUGAGCAAAUUUUACAAUCCACGGGAUUCAAACAUGGCAGUUUGCCAGUGAGAUACUUAGGGGUUCCUUUAGUCACAAGGAAACUCACUGAAAAGGACUGUGUGGCUCUUAUUGAUAAGAUCAAAUCCAAGCUACAUCAUUGGCAGUUAAUUCUGCCUCAGGCUAUUGUUAACAUGAUUGAACAACUUUGCUCUAGAUUUUUCUGGAAAAGUACUGAUAAAGCUGCCACUGGAGCAAGAGUCAGUUGGCAUAAAAUCUUCCUAGGGAAAUCUGAGGGAGGACUCGGAUUAAAAGAUAUCAAAACAUGGAACAAAGCAUGUAUGAUACAACUCAUCAGGAACAUCCUUGCGGGAGAGGGAUCAUUGUGGAUAGCUUGGAUCAAAUGCUACGUUAUUAAAGGUGCGGACUUUCUGUUAGUGGAUGAUGUAGCAAAUUCCAGCUGGUGUAUCAGGCGCUUACUUAAACUAAGGGCAGAUGCAAUCCCUGUUUUAUCUAAAGGAGCUACGACGAUAAAAGAUUUCUAG